CCCUCUAUAAAAAGGCAAAGAGUAGCCCAGGAGCCAUCACAGACUCGGAGGAGACAGUCUCUGAGUGAAGCUCCUGCAACACCUGGCUGCUGAACCCAGGAGAGAAGGAUGAAGUUUGCUCUCCAUGCUGCGCUGUGCUUGGGGAUAUUUGUGCUCUGCCUUGCUGACCCUCCAGCCCAAAGUUCCGUCCGAUGGUGCACAAUAUCCGAUGCAGAGCAGAAGAAAUGUGUGGAAUUGAAGACGAAAAUGUCCUCAACCCCUUCAUUAGAAUGUGUGAAGAAACUAACUUACUCUGACUGCAUAAAAGCCAUUGCGGCAAAUGAAGCAGAUGCCAUUAGUCUGGAUGGUGGCCACAUUUUCGAAGCACACCUUGCCCCAUAUAAUCUGAAGCCUGUUGUGGCUGAGGUCCAUGGCACAGGAAAAGAUGCGGCCACCAGCUACUAUGCUGUGGCAGUGGUGAAGAAAGGAACUGAGUUCACAAUAAAGGAACUUAAAGGGAAGAAAUCCUGCCACACAGGGUUAGACAGGUCUGCUGGCUGGGUCAUUCCCAUUGGGACCCUCUUGUACCAUCAAACCCUAUCCUGGGAUAGAGCCACUCCUAUAACCCACGCUGUGGCCCAGUUUUUCUCAGCCAGCUGCGUCCCUGGUGCCCCUGCAAAUGAACCCAAUCUGUGCCGCUUAUGCCUUGGGACAGGUGCUCAAAAAUGUUCCCGUACUGGGCCUUAUUCUGGCUAUUCUGGAGCCUUUCAGUGUCUGAAAGAUGGAGCUGGAGAUGUAGCUUUUGUCAAACACACAACUGUUCUAGAAAAUGACCCAAGUGGGAAAGACGAAUAUGAGCUGCUGUGUGAAGAUGGUUCCCGGAAGCCUGUAGAUAAGUAUCAUGAGUGUCACUGGGCCAAAGUUGCUGCUCAUGCUGUUGUGGCUCGAAGUGUUGAUGGUCGGGCUGACGAGAUCUGGAGCUUCCUCUCUCAGGCAGAGGCAAAGUAUGGCAAGAACACAAAAGAGAGCUUCAAACUCUUCAGCUCGCCUUAUGGGAAAGAUCUGCUUUUUAAGGACUCUGCUUCCACUUUUAUCCGUGUCCCUCGACUGAUGGAUUCCCAGUUCUAUCUGGGCUACCAGUACUGGGCUGCUAUUCAGAGUCUCAGGCCAGUUGCUUCCCUAGAAACUCCUGAAGCCCCUUUGAAAAAGGUGAAGUGGUGCACAAUAAGUAAGGAUGAGAAGGCCAAGUGUGAUGAAUGGAGUGCAGUGAGUGGAGGCAGCCUGGACUGUGCAGUGGCAGAAACAACAGAGGAGUGCAUUGCCAAGAUAAUGAAAGGUGAUGCGGAUGCCAUAAGCUUGGAUGGAGGUCAUGUCUACACGGCUGGUACAUGUGGUUUGGUGCCAGUCAUGGGAGAAUACUAUGGGGAUGACAUUAAACGAUGCCAGAAUGAAGGAGCACCCGGAGAAACAUAUUAUGCCGUGGCUGUGGUGAAGAAAUCCAACCCCGGUAUCACCUGGAAGACCCUGCGUGAUAGGAAGUCUUGUCAUACAGCUGUUGGGAGAACUGCUGGCUGGAAUGUCCCCAUGGGCUUGAUUCACAAUGAAACCGGGAGUUGCAACUUUGAUAAGUUCUUCAGUAAAAGCUGUGCUCCUGGAUCUCCAGUUACCUCACCACUCUGCGACUUGUGUGUGGGCUCAGGCAGCACCCUCCCACCAACUUACAGGUGUGCCGCCAACAGCAAUGAGAGAUACUAUGGAUACAGUGGGGCCUUCCGGUGCCUGGUUGAAAAGGGAGACGUGGCCUUUGUUAAGCACACCAUUGUCAGUGAGAACACCGAUGGACAUAAUGCUGCUGACUGGGCAAAGGGGCUGAAAAGUGACCAGUUCGAGUUGCUGUGCCGGGAUGGAAAGCGCGCCCGUCCUGAUGAAUACAAGAAAUGCCACCUGGCUCUAGUUCCUGCCCAUGCUGUGGUCACACGUCCAGACAGAGCAGCUACUGUCCGUGACAUGCUGAUAAACCAACAGGAACUGUAUGGAAGCCGUGGAUCUCAGAAAGCUAUUUUCCAGAUAUUUCAGUCUGCAACCAAGGACCUUUUAUUCAAGGAUUCCACCACGUGCCUGAUUCAACUCUCCAUAGGAACAACCUAUGAGCAGUUCCUGGGAAAAGACUACUUUGAUUCUGUCUCUAGUCUCAAUAAGUGCUCACCAUCAGAACUCCUCCAAGUCUGCAGCUUCAGAGCUGACACUAUUCUCACAGGAGGGGUGGUGGUGGUGGGGUUAAGGGAACAGUUCUACCAGAAUCGAUGUUGGAAAAAGGACGAGCAAGGAAAAACCACAGAUGUGUAUAUCUCAAAAAUUCAUCGGGACAGAGACUGGAGGCGAGGCCGGAUGCGGGGAAACCCGGACACCUGGUGGGGCGGCUUAGAUGAGCGGAAGUGGCCUGGAAAGAUGCUCUCUGUGCCCGGCCACGUGGCUGUCAGCGCGGGGCAGGGGAUGGCGCCGGAGGGCGACCAGCGAAGCGGGCUGCAGCCUUACCUGGACUCGCUGCGGCAGGAGCUGCAGGCGCCGAACGCGACCCUGCUCUCGGUGCUGCUGGCGCUGCUGGCCGUGGCCCUGACCCUUCUGGUUUGGAAACUUAUCCAGGGCAGGAAGAGCAGCCGGAGGACAGUGCUUCUGGUAGGCCUUUGUGACUCAGGAAAAACACUGCUGUUUGUCCGACUGUUAACAGGCACUUACCGAAACACCCAGACCUCCAUAACUGAUAGCUCUGCUGUUUACAGAGUCAGUAAUGACAAGGGCUCUAGUGUGACGCUGGUUGACCUCCCAGGCCAUGAGAGCUUGCGACUUCAGUUCUUGGAGAAGUUCAAAGCUACAGCUAGAGCGAUCGUGUUUGUCGUGGACAGCGUAGCGUUCCAGCGGGAGGUGAAGGAUGUGGCAGAGUUCCUGUACCAGGUCCUGACUGACUGCACCGUGCUGAAAAACACUCUGCCACUGCUGAUAGCCUGCAACAAGCAAGAUAUCACGAUGGCAAAAUCGGCCAAGCUUAUUCAGCAGCAGCUGGAGAAAGAACUCAACACCUUACGAGUGACUCGCUCAGCUGCCCCCAGCACCUUGGACGGCUCAGCCUCCAGUGGGACUGCUCAGCUGGGGAAGAAGGGCAAGGAGUUUGACUUCUCACAGCUGCCCAUGAAGGUGGAGCUGGUGGAGUGCAGCGCCAGAGGCAGCAAGGCGGAGGAAGGCAGUGCUGACAUCGAGGACUUGGAGAAAUGGCUGGCCAGGAUUGCCUGAAAGCUGGGCUGGGCGGGAGGCAGAAACUAUCAAAGGGGAAACUAAUGAUAAAGGCAUUUGACAUCUGAUACAGAAGUACUGAUGGGAAGGAGUGGGGCCCAAAAUGUAAUCUUUCUAUGGAAAGAACUUCAGGCAUGCGCCAGCAGUAAAUGCACUGUUACCUGCACUGAGCUGGGUGUGAAUCAACCUAUGAA